CAAAAAAUUUAUUAGCGUACAUUAUAUUUAUAUACUUAAAACAUUCAACACAAUUCGAGAAAUAUGGACCGAAAUAAGCCACUCAGACUAAUUGGCCUCUCCAGUACCGAGCCCGAAAAACAAACGAAACUUACACUGAACCAUCUAUGUCAGCUGCCAGCACAAUGUCCCAUAGAAAAAUGCAUUUCCACCGUUUUCAAGGAUGAUAUGCUCCAACAUUUGGCCCAACGCCAUUUCCGAUCAAAUGUGAAAAAGCAUUUGCAAGUGGCCUUCAACGGAGAACGCUGUACCCUGGUCUUUGAUGUUUCUCAGCUGAUUGGAACGCAGACCAUAUGUCUGGGAGUUCUUCUUUACGGCGGCGUGCGUGGUAAGCAUAGCCAAUUACCCGGAGAACGAGAAUUCUGUUAUCACAAUCGAUUGAAAGAGGAUUCGGGGCUGGAAUCGCUGAAGGACUAUCUGCCCAUUAUGGUGCUGGUGAAGAGGACAACAUUCCUCUGCUGGGCACUUGUGGACAGAAAAAUGGAAUCGCAAGAAGAUCUUAAUGGUAAACAGUCAAAAGAUCUUAAGCAGGUAAAACAUCUAGAUUUCUCAAAUGAUACGCAUCCCAAAUGCAGUGAAGAAUCGAUCAAAAGGUGCGAUAGUGGCCAAAAGAAUAACGAUCUAAAGACGACCACUGAAGCCGAGCAGGAAGAGAUUAUGGACUCCGAUAUCUUGAUAAUUUGGACCCAAAGUGCACCCUGCAUCCGACCACUCCACGUUGCCAUGACCGUAUUCAACAGCACCUUGUCGGUUGGCCGGAGCGCCAUGCGUUGUGUGGCAAAUUCGGGCCAAAUGUAUACCGAAAUCGGUGGCAAGGAUCUGCCCAAGGACCGGCAUUCCCUUUUGAUAACGCAGCAAGAAUUGAAGGAGAUAUGUGGCGCAGAACAUCAUCUCCAUCUCGAACUGAUCCUGCAUGAGCCUUUGGAAUAACCGGCAGCCUGAGAUUUUGUUUAUUUUUACCUUAUAAUUGCAUUUAUUAAAGCGGAGUGUGCAGAAGAAUGUGAAUUUGUCAUGCGGUGGGCAGGAAGGAGGAACGGGACUGUGCCGCCAAGAAGGAUCCUCUCCAGCAACUCUUGCAUCCUUUAUGCACUGUCAUAUCGCAUACUUUACGGCUUUCAGGGCGAGUGCUUUUGUACAUUUGAAGUGAAUUUACAGCGCAACUUGCUUGUAUAAUGGCAUUUACUUUAUGCAAACACUGGCGAGGCACAGGAGUCCUUAAGGAGUCGUCCCGCAGCAGGAUUCAGCGACAAAAACAACAACAACAACAACAACAACAACAACAAUUAUUGCCCCACUCAUUAAGGCAAACUGCACUGCUCUGCACAGGACCUCCUGCUUAUUCGAAAGUAAUUAGCAUAAAAAUAAAUACCAC